AUGGGUGACCCCAGGAUGGUGGUUGGUGUCUCCUUUAGAGAUGGGAGUGAAAUGUCAAGAUGUCCUGAGCAGCAGACCAUGAGAGUUUACCUUCGUGUCAGGCCCUUCUCCAAAGAGGAACUUGCUGAGAAUGAGGAUCAGGGUUGUGUUGUGAUUGAAAAUAGUCAAACUGUGACUCUGAAUGCACCGAAGGGCUCUGCCACCAUGAAGAGCAGUGAGAAGGGCAUCGGCAUGUCUAUUCACAAAUUCUCCUUCUCACAGAUUUUUGGACCAGAGUCAACCCAGGCUGAGCUUUUUGAGGACAGCAUCAAGAACCAAGUGUGUGACUAUUUGGAUGGGAAGAAUGAGUUGAUAUUUAGUUACGGGGUAACCAAUGCAGGGAAAACCUACACAAUUCAAGGAACUCCAAAAGAUCCAGGAAUCUUGCUGCGAGUGCUGGAUGCCACCUUCCAAUACAUUGGAGAACGUCAGUAUGAGGAAAUGGACCUAAAGCCUUACCUCAGGAAUGACGCCAAAUUUCUGGAUCCUGACAAAGCCAAGCAGGAGGGCAGCACUAAAGCUGCCAUUUUCGCUUCAAUCAAAGAUGACUGUGACCUCCUCAGAUCCAGUGGCGAUUCAGAGUCCUUGAGCGGCUCUUCCACUGGGAGCUCAUUGUCCUCUUUGGCCUGCAGUCAAACUGGCAUGUUCGUAAACAACCUGCCAGAAGCAGGCAGCAGCCAGUUUGCCUUGUGGGUGGCUUACUUUGAAAUCUACAAUGAGUGCAUCUAUGAUCUGCUUCAACCUUCUUUGUGUUCAAAGUCCAAGAAACGCUCUGUUCUUCGCAUUUGUGAUGAUGGUGAUGGAAACACUUAUGUUAAAGAUGUCAUGUGGAUUAAUAUCCACACGUUGGAGGAAGCCUGCAAAGUUCUACAUGUGGGAAACAAAAACAGACACGCUGCAGCCACAAAGAUGAACCACUCUUCUAGCAGAAGCCACAGCAUAUUUAGCAUGAAGCUGCUGACAAUUGAUGGAGGAACGGUUCAGAAGACAUCAGAGUUUUCUCUGUGUGAUCUGGCUGGUUCAGAAAGAUGCAACAAAACCAAGACCUUUGGAGAGCGGCUAAAGGAGGCGGGAAAAAUAAACAACUCCCUCCUCAUUCUGGGGAAGUGCAUCACUGCUCUUCGCAACAAUCAGACUGAUGGAACAAAGAACAGCUACAUUCCUUUCAGAGAGAGCAAACUCACAAAACUCUUCCAGACUUUUUUCUGUGGCAAAGGAAGAGCAUCUAUGAUUGUCAACAUUAAUCAAUGUGCUUCCACCUAUGAUGAGACUCUCCAUGUUAUGAAGUUCUCGGCCAUAGCCAAAAAGGUGGUUCAGGUGAUCCCAGACAAGUGCCUGGAGCCUUUAUCUCCCUGUCUGUUUGGUCGGGUUGGGAAGCAGUUGACAACGAACGAGGAGAGAGACCUGUCUGAAGAGCUGCUGGAUGAAGAUGAGGUUGACACAUCUUUGCUGCCCCCGAAUGAGCUUGUGAAUAUAAUUGAAAGCCUUCGUGCAAAACUGCGAGCUGAGCUAAGAAGAAACGUGGUGCAGGAAAUAGAGAUACGCAAGGAAAUGGGAGAUGCCAUGUUACAGCAGAUCUUGGAAAGUGAAGAACUCCGCAGUCGGCAGAUAGAAAAGCUAAAGGAGAGCUACGAAAAACGAUGGAGGAAACUUUUGACAUGUACAAGGAUGCCCAUCAAACAACAUGCAUACCAGUGUGCCAUGAACGAUCUGGAAGAUGAUUAUGUGCCUCUGGAUGAGUUUAUCACUGAACAGGAGAAAGUCGAGGCCCUCCAACAUCAGCUGUCAGAGUUGCAGAAUUCAAUAUUUGGUACACAAAAUGUGUGUCCAGUUCAAACACUGGAACAGUCCUGUCAGACUGAGUCAGAAGUAGCAGGUGACAAUCGAUACAACAGACUUCACAAAGAAAAAUGUACCCUUGAGAAGAUUUGUGAAGAUAAACAACAAUUAAUCGUUUCUCUAGAGAAAAGGCUGAUUGAGCUCUGCAAGACACUCCAGGAGCAAUCUGCUAAUAUGGAUGCUCUCCAGAAGAAGAUGGACACUCAGACAAGAUCAAUACAGGAUGUUUUGCAGCAAAAUGCUGACAAAGACAAGGAGAUAGCUUCUCUGAAAGCAGAACUGUCCAUGCUGACCCAGAAGUCCACUGGGCAGCAGAAGACCAAACGAGGACUGCUUGCAAACAUCAGGGAGGCUGUGACUCCAACACGAACAGGAACUGCAAGUCUCACACCGAGGAAAACUGUUCGGACUGCACAACAGUGA